ACUAGGCACGCAGGGACGCGGUGCCUUCGUCGACUCGUCGUCGUCCAUCCUUCUCCCUUCCCCCCGCUCGCGCGGCAACGACCGGUCGCUCGGUCUCCGUCGUCGUCGUCUUCCUUCCUCCUCCAAUCCUCCCCCUCCCUCCGCAUCCGCAACGCACAACUUGGACUCGUGCACCUCUGCUCUCCCCUCCGCUCCGCCGUAUUGUAUAUAUAGGCGCCCCCGUCCGCGCUUGGAGUAGCACGGAUCAACCAUCAAACAGCUACCUGAACCCGCAGAGGCGGCCGGCGCGCGCACGCAGAUUUUUAGUUUAGUUUUAGUUUCUUCUCCAGCUCUCCUCCGGCGACGGCGGAACUGUCUCUGCAGCAGCAGGCGCAGGGAGGGAUGACUCUGAGGCUGCUCACCACCACAGAGCGCAACCAUCUUCUCUCCCCGAAGCCACAGAGCCCCCGGGAUGCCGCCCUGUCGCUGCUGAGGUCACCCAGGCUGUCCUGCGGUGGUACUGGUAGCCCCAAGCCCAAGAGCGCCAAGAUGGCGCACGGCGGCCUGGAGCGCUCGCUCAGCUUCAAGAACUGGGAGGCGUCAACGGAGGCGGCGGCGGCCAGCCGGGGCGGCGGCGGCAUCAACGGCACGCGCCCGGGCACCCUGGCCCUGCAGCAGCAGCAGCAGCAGAGCCCCCGGCGCGUUUCCCCGCAGGCGCAGGCCAUGAUCGAGUACAUCUCCCCUCGCCCCCGCGUGGAGCUGGACCAGGCGGCCACCAAGCUGCAGAAGAUCUACAAGGGCCUCCGCACCCGCCGCAACCUCGCCGACGGCGCCAUCAUCGCCGAGGAGCUCUGGUGGAAGACGGUCGACUCCGUCUACCUCAACAUCAAGUCCAUCUCCUUCUUCCACGAGGACAAGCAGGAGACCGCCGCGUCCCGGUGGUCCAGGGCCGGCAAGAGGAUCGCCAAGGUCGGCAAGGGUCUCUCCAAGGACGACAAGGCGCAGAAGCUCGCUCUCCAGCACUGGCUCGAAGCUAUUGACCCGCGCCACCGGUACGGCCACAACCUGCACCUCUACUACGACAUCUGGUCGGCCAGCUCCAGCUGCGAGCCCUUCUUCUACUGGCUGGAUGUGGGCAGCGGCAGGGACCUGCACCACCACAAGUGCCCACGGAGCAAGCUCAACUCGCAGCUCAUCAUGUACCUCGGACCAGUGGAGAGGGCGGCGUACGAGGUCGUCGUGGAGGAAGGCCGGCUGCUGUACAAGCAGAGCGGAGACCUGGUGACCACGAACGAGGAGUCCAAGUGGAUCUUCGUGCUCAGCACCAGCAGGUCGCUCUACGUCGGCCAGAAGCGCAAGGGCAAGUUCCAGCACUCGAGCUUCCUGUCCGGCGCCGCCACCUCCGCCGCCGGCAGGCUCGUCGCCAAGGAGGGCGUCCUCAAGGCCAUAUGGCCCUACAGCGGCCACUACCUCCCCACCGAGGAGAACUUCAGGGAGUUCAUCACUUUCCUUGAGGAAAACAACGUCGACCUCGCAAAUGUCAAGCGGUGCUCCGUGGACGACGACGAGUACCCGUCGUUCAAGAAGCCGGCGGCGGCGGCGGCAGAGGAGGCCGCCCCAGUGGCCAGCACCGAAGAAGGCGAUGCACACGCUGAGGCUGAGGCCGAGCAACCACCAGUGGUGGAGCUGCCCGCGGUGGACAUCGUGAAGGAGGAGGCCACGGACGUGCAGGAGCCGGCGAAGAUGAUGAUGGCCAGCCGGCGGCCGUCGUUCAAGUGGUCGACGCCGACGGGCGCGCGCAUCGGGUGCCUGCAGAACUACCCGGCCGACGUGCAGAGCAUGGCGCUGGAGCAGGUCAACCUGUCGCCGAGGGUGGCGGUGGCGCCGUCGCCGAGGCUGCCCAUCCCGUCGCCGCGCCCCAGCCCCAAGAUCAGGCUGUCGCCCAACCUGCACUACAUGGGGUGCCCCACCCCGACGGCCACGGGCGGCGCCGCCGCCACCACCACCACCACCACCAGCAGGCUCGCGAUCCCGAGCCCGGCGGCCAGGCGCUCGUCGCCCAAGCAGCACUUCAUGGGCUUCCACACGCCCGCCGUGGCGCUCACGCUCCCCAAGCACAAGGCGGCCAAGUGAUGUGCUGCGAAUUCAUUGACACGAAGGAAAGGAGGGUUAACAAUUUUGUUGGUUGGUUGCUUCGAUUUGAUUUGUUGUAUGUAAACAAACAUGUGUUUAGGUUGCGUUCUCUGAUCGAUCGGGUACCAUUCUUUUGUACGUUUCUUCAUCAUCGUCUUUUUGACUUGUUCAUCAGUGCACAAGCUCUGCGUGCACACUACUGUACAAGUCUAGUAGCACAGGCUGCAAGGCCUGUGUCUGUAACCUGAACCUGCAGUUUCUCAAGAGAAAUGUAGCACUGACUGCAAGUUCCUUUUUGAAUAAAAGAAUUUGUUAUUAUGAAUA